CUGCAGAUUGCGAAUAUCUUAAUAAUUUCAGGCAGGCGUACCCAUUGCAUCACUCCUAAACAUUACAAACACCUCUUCACGUCACCGCAAUGGCGACCACAGCAGCGCUCCAGAAGCUUCACCAGCCUCCCGAGGACAUGGAGCCCACGCUCCAGUCCAUCCUCGACCAGAAGUCACUGCGAUGGAUCUUUGUGGGUGGUAAAGGUGGUGUAGGGAAGACAACGACGUCCUGUUCCCUCGCCAUCCAGCUCGCGAAGCACCGCAAAUCCGUCCUCCUCAUCUCGACCGACCCCGCCCACAACCUAUCCGAUGCGUUCAAUCAGAAGUUUGGCAAGGAUGCGCGACUAGUCAACGGCUUCGACAAUCUGAGCGCGAUGGAGAUCGACCCCAACGGCAGUAUACAGGAUCUGCUUGCUGCAGGUGGUGAAGAGGGACAGGACCCUAUGGCUGGACUCGGUGGCAUGGGAAACAUGAUGCAGGAUCUUGCAUUCAGCAUUCCCGGUGUCGACGAGGCCAUGUCCUUCGCCGAGGUGCUCAAGCAAGUCAAGUCCAUGUCCUACGAAACCAUCAUCUUUGAUACCGCGCCCACCGGUCACACACUGCGCUUCCUGCAGUUCCCUACCGUCAUGGAGAAGGCACUAGGCAAGGUCUCUCAGCUGUCUCGUCAGUUCGGACCCAUGCUAAACGGCUUCCUUGGUGGCGGUGGACGUCUUCCGAACGGUCAGAGCAUGGACGAGCUUGUCGAGAAAAUGGACGCGCUACAAAAGACUAUCGCCGAGGUCAACGGCCAGUUCAAGGAUGCGGACCUCACGACGUUCGUGUGCGUCUGCAUUCCGGAGUUCCUGUCGCUCUACGAGACAGAGCGCAUGAUCCAGGAGCUUAACAGCUACGAGAUCGACACACAUUCGAUUGUCGUCAACCAGCUGCUGUUCCCCAAGCAGGACAACCCGUGCGAGCAGUGUAAUGCGCGCAGAAAGAUGCAGAAGAAGUACCUCGACCAGAUCGAGGAGCUUUAUGAUGAGUUCAACGUUGUUAAGAUGCCACUGCUUGUCGAAGAAGUCCGUGGAAAGGAGAAGUUGGAGAACUUCUCGAAAAUGCUCGUCGAGCCUUUUGUGCCUCCUCAGUAAAUCCAUCACCCUUGCGCAAAGGAACAUUGGUCACGCGCGCACUGUCGUUCUCGAUCCGAUGCCCUGAUUCAGUACAUUUAGCGAUACCCGUUAGAGGCAAUUUACAUCCUUGCAACAAUCUACUUCUACAGCAUUCUACCUUU